AUGGAGAAGGGAGUCACAUACCACGAUGAACAAGAACACAGCGAGAACCUCCAAGCGAGAAUUCGCAACCCGCUCAAGGGAAUCCCCCGCGAGCAGCUCAUGAGCGAUGUCGAGUCCUUUGCUCAGCGCAACGGCCUUGAGGAGCACACUCUUCUUCUCAAGAAGGGCGCCCUUAUUGCCCAGAACCCAGCCGACCCGCAGUCCAUUGACGGCGACGAGAAGCUCACUGCCCAUGAGCUCAACGUUCUGGAGCGUGAGGUCACCCACAAGUGGCACAUGCCCUCAAGACUCUUCCUCACCAUCGCAACGUGCUCCAUUGGUGCCGCUGUCCAGGGCUGGGACCAGACUGGUAGCAACGGUGCUACCAUCUUCUGGCCUGAGGUCUAUGGCCUUGGUGACCAGACCAUCACUCGCAACGCUAUCCUCGUCGGUCUCAUCAAUGCUGCUCCUUACAUCGGUAGCGCUUUCAUCGGCUGCUGGCUUUCUGAUCCCAUCAACAACCACUUCGGUCGACGUGGUGUCAUCUUCUUCGCUGCUCACUUCUGCAUCUGGCCUGUCAUUGGUUCUGCUUUCUGCCACACUUGGGAACAGCAGCUUGCCUGUCGAUUGCUCAUGGGUAUUGGUAUGGGUGCCAAGGCUUCAACGGUGCCCAUCUAUGCUGCUGAGAACGCUCCUGCUUCCAUCCGAGGUGCUCUGGUCAUGUCAUGGCAAAUGUGGACGGCCUUUGGUAUCCUCCUGGGAAGCGCUUUCAACCUGGCUGUCUACCACGUCAAGGAUAUCAACUGGCGUCUGAUGCUCGGCGCUCCCUUCAUCCCUGCCAUCCCCCUUCUGUGCCUCAUCUACCUCUGCCCCGAGUCGCCUCGUUGGUACAUGAAGAAGGGCCGCUACGCCGAUGCCUGGAAGUCUCUGGCCGUUCUCCGCAACGACCCCAUCCAGGUCGCCCGCGACAUCUACUACAUCUCCGCUCAGCUCGAGAUUGAGAAGGAGCUCAUUGGCAAGACCAACUACGUCACCCGCUUCACUCAGCUCUUCACCGUCCCCCGAAUCCGCCGUGCCAACCUGGCUGCUUUCACCGUCAUGAUUGCCCAGCAGAUGUGCGGUAUCAACAUCAUCGCCUUCUACUCCACCACCGUCUUCGUCAACGCUGGUUUCACCCAGUUCCGAGCCCUGAUCGGCUCUUUCGGUUUCGGCCUCGUCAACUGGCUCUUUGCCUUCCCCGCUUUCUGGACCAUCGACACUUUCGGUCGUCGAAGCCUGCUUCUCUUCACCUUCCCCCAGAUGUUCUGGACCCUCCUGGCUGCUGGUCUCUGCACUCUGAUCUCCUCGGAGCACACCGAGCUCAAGACCGGCCUCGUCAGUCUCUUUGUCUUCCUCUUCGGAGCCUUCUACUCUCCCGGCGAAGGUCCCGUUCCCUUCACCUACAGCGCCGAGGUGUACCCCCUGUCCCACCGUGAGACGGGCAUGGGCUUCGCCGUCGCCACGUGCCUGUUCUGGGCCGCCGUCCUCGGCACCUCGUUCCCCUUCCUGCUCGAGCGCCUCGACACCGUCGGCGCCUUUGGCCUGUACGCCGGCUUCAACGUCGUCGCCUUCAUCAUGAUCUUCCUCUGGGUCCCCGAGACGAUGCAGCGCACCCUCGAGGAGCUCGACUACGUCUUCGCCGUCCCCGUCCGCACUUUCAUGAAGUACCAGCUCACCGUCGCCCUGCCCUGGUGGUUCAAGAAGUACGUCUUCUUCCAGUGGAGCGCCACCAAGCCGCCCCUGUACCAGUUCGACGAGGUCCCCUCUGAUCUCCGCCGGGUGUCCAUCCACCACGCUGCCGCAGCGUCGUCGGAUGAUGAGAGCAAGCGCGCCAUGUAA